GUGGUAACCUUAGUAAGUGUGACAUUUAGUGGGCAGAAUGUGAUCUCCUAUUCUGAUGCAACACAAAUGCACAGAGGCACUUUUGCUGCCCAUAAGUUUGGAGCAAAAGACACAAGCAGAAAGGAUAUACAUCUGGUUAUGAAUCAACACACUUUGAAAUUUUAUGGCUGGGCAGUGCCCCCUCUUCUGAUCUUGGUGGUGGCUUACCCUGCUGUUGGAAAUGCAAUGCGGGAGAACACCGCCAUUUUGAGCAAUGGAUCUGUCACUACCCACACUAUUACAUUUGACACAAAAAGAAUAAUGACACCUGAGCCAUGGCAUCCGUUUGUGUCUCAGACGCCAGACAAAGAGAAAGCCAAAGAGGGUGAAACAGUGGUCCUCGGAUGCCAGUUCCACAGCUUUCAUGGCCCAUCUUUGAAUAACCUAACAGUGAAGUGGUACAAGGAAGAUGAAAAGGGGCAGAGGGAUCUUCUAGAGAACAAUGUCACUGUCUUGGCAAACAGCACCAGAAUGCUCUUAACAGGGAAUUUAUCCAAUGGCAAUGCAGCUUUGACUAUCUUAAAUGUGACAACGGGCGAUCAUGGCACUUAUUUCUGCCAGGUGAUUCUUUCUAGCGGAGAAGUGGUGACAGGCGAUGGCACAAAGCUCAGGAUCCGAAGAGCACUGGGACUGUUUGGCAUAGAAGAAUCCAUUGGAACAAUCAUUGGAGUGGUGGGAGCUGGUCUUGGCGGUUUGGUAGUUCUGAUCGUAGUUUUAACUCCACAGCUGAGAAAAUGUCUUCCAUGUGCUAAAGCAACAUCCCACCAAGCAUAAUUUGGAUAAUAUGAUUAAAGAAAAAGAAGAUGUACCAAGAAUAAUAUUGUUUUCUGAAUGUAACAAAAAUGCCAGUGGUUCAUGGGUCUUCCAUGUUUUCUCUCUCUAUAAUUAUACUAAAAACAUCUUAGUAUCAUAAAACA